UAUAAGACCGCCCACUCGCACUCGCACUAUCUCAAAACUGUCAUUAUACCUUAACGUGAAGCUCGUGUAUCACGCGAUGCCUGCCGACAGACGGACGAAGACAGCGACACCAGAAGAGGUACCUCGUCUUGGAGAUCCAGAUCGAAAGAGGGUGUUGAACGUCCUAGCCCAAAGAAGAUAUCGCCAGAGACGGAAAGAAAAGCUAGCUGAACUGGAGGCACGAGCGAGGACUUCAUCCUUGACAGACAUAUCUCCACAACCCUCGGGUGGAGGAAUCCAACUGGGGCCAGAGUGCCUAUCAAGUUCGUCUUCAGAUCAAGGCCGAUCCUCAAGCUCACCGUCGGAUUACGCGACGGAAAGCAGUCAUGAAAAUGACGUGGAGGAGAUCGUACCUGGCGUGUCUUUGCCUUCCACUAGCUUCGAGGAUGUGAACUUCAACCCGGACCCUAUUGACCUUGGCUUGUUCACAGACUUUGGCUUUGAAACCCUCGAUCAACCCAAUGGCACAGCACCAGAGUCACUAAUGCAACCUAUUUCCUACAGCCAGCCUGCGACAUUCAGCUUUCCCCUAGCGGCAGACGGGGCCCAGCUCGACAUACCCCUGCUACCCGCCCUGCGUGCGUUUAGCCUCAUCAUCUCAGCUCUCGACAUAGGAGCGAACAUCUGGAACCCAUUCUACCUCCAUGUCCUGCCCCCGACACCUAACCCUUCUCUGCCUCCAAACUUACACCCAACCCCUGCUCAGAUCACCAUACCACAUCACCCCAUGCUGGAUACGCUCCCUUGGCCUACAGUGCGCGAGAAGUUAAUCUGCAUGUUAGCCCUGCCUUCACCAUGUCGGCCACCUGUUGCCCAGGAGGCCGAAGGGGAGGGCCAAGGGACCGCCAUUGUACGUAUAAUGCAAGACCUCGACGAUUUCCGGGAUGGAAUUCGAAACCAUGGUAAUACGUCUACCUGGGGUAAUGGCAAUGAAUUGGUCGAAGAGGCGUGGGAGAUAGGUGAAGUAUUUUACCGGCACUGGUGGUGGUGCCUUGAUCAGAAGAUCAUUGAAAGGUCGAAUCAGAAGAGGAGGGAAAGAGGAUUGGGGCGGUUGCAGAUAAAAGCUUGACCUAAACCGCUGUGGAUACUCAAACAUGCGAUUACCAACAAACUAGUUUUUGCCACGUUCACCUCAG